AGAAAAAUAAUACAAAAGCAAGAGAACAAAAGAUACAAAUUAAAGAAAAUGAAGUUUCAAAGGAUGAGAGGAUAAGGUAAGAAUAAAUAUUAUACACAGCGUGGAGUAUCACAUGCAGACCAGACUAUGCAGUGAUUAAGAGACAACGAAGAGACUGUUUAAUAUCUUUUGUCCGAGAGUUACUCUCUAUUUUAGUAUUUAUAAACCUAUCUUGAUUCUUGAACCAAAAACAGUCAAAUCAAAUCUGCUAUCCUUUUCUUUCUUCAUUUUAGUUUUUUUGUGUGUGAAGAUGGGGAAUUGUUCACAUAGAGCAGUAUCCGAUGGUGGUGGUUUCGUCAACGUAGUUGACAUAGAUUCCAGAAGAGAUAUAAUGGAAGAAUAUUACAGAAGCAGGAGAUGCACCUCGUUGCCAAUAACCAGAAAGAAAUCCUUAGGGUACCUUGUUGGACAAGGUACGCCAAGCCCUAUAGGAGUUGGGCCGAAGAUUCAAGUGUCGCCGCAAAGAAGGAACGGAGUUUGGAAAGCGAAAGUUGUGAUGGAAAGUAAGCAGCUGAAAGAGAUUUUGGCGGUUGAAGGCAAUACACACGCUUUGAUUGAUCAGCUUCAGUAUGCUGCGGCAGAAGCUUUAGUUUCUUCAACCUCUGCCUCGGAUAUGGUCAGAGUUAAAAGCUUAACGUCCUGGUCCCGAAAAAACAAUGAGAAAUACUUCUGUUAGGUUUGAAUUUUGUGCAGCGUUUCUCAUUUGUAAUCCUUGUAAGCAAAAGUGUAUAAUGUACAAAAGGUAAACUUGUUUCGGAAAGGAAACAAAAGACAUAAAAGAGGGUAUUCGUAUUCUUUCUGUUUGGA